AUGGUCUGUCUAGAUCAUGCCAGAGGCCUCGCAGCCGUUGUGUUCGGCCUCACACUCCUCGCAACCCCAGCAUCAUCACUUCAAACCACCCUUGAGCCACGCCAAAAGAAGAAUGCUACAAGUCCAUACACGGACGCGGUCUCAGACUACGUUAACUCACUCGAUAAAGAGCUCUGGUCAAUCAACAAGAACAUCCACGACAAUCCCGAGCUUGGAUAUAAAGAGUUCAAAGCUCACAAGCUUCUCACAUCGUUCAUGAAGAAGCAGAAGGGAUGGAACGUAACCGAUACAGUUGGUGGAAUCGACACUGCUUUCAUGGCCGUGUUCGAUGGCUCAGGCGAUGGUCCUGUCGUGAGCUUCAAUGCCGAGUACGAUGCGCUAGAGGGACUGGGACAUGCCUGUGGCCAUAACUUGAUUGCGACAGCAUCGCUAGGUGGCGCUCUUGCAACCGCUGAGAUCAUGCGCAAGGAGAAGCUUGGUGGCAAGGUCAUUCUCUUUGGCACACCAGCUGAAGAAUCUCUCGGUGGAAAGGUCAAGAUGCUCGAAGCUGGCGUCUUCAAGGACGCCAAGAUUGACAUCUCUCUGAUCUCACAUCCCAGCAACGGCCCCGACACGCCGUACAUGCUGGCCCAGUCAACAGAUCGUGUCGAUGUUGAGUACACAGGUCGUGAGGCUCAUGCUGCGGCCGGGCCAUGGGAAGGCAUCAAUGCACAAGACGCACUUCUCCUCGCCAACAGUGCUCUGUCCUAUAUGCGCCAGCAGAUGCGCACAACAGAUCGUGUCCAUGGAAUCAUCCACUCAGCAGGAACUCGUAUCAACGUUAUUCCUGCCGAUGCAUCAGGAAGCUACCAGCUCCGCGCCGCCAAUGAGGAACAACUCGAAGAGCUCUCAGACCGUGUGUACAACUGCUUUAAGGCUGGUGCUCUCGGCACAGGCGCAAAGAUGAACUUCACAACACGACCAUACGGCUACGCCAACAUGAACAAUAAUGACGGUCUCGCUGCAUCAUACACACGCUGGUUCGAGGAGCUUGGCGGUGACCUCCCCGAUGCUGAUGUCGACAAGAUGCGAGAGCCCGGUGGUUCAACUGAUCAAGGCAAUAUCAGCCAGGACUUCCCAGCUAUCAGCCCAAUGUUCCAGAUCACCUUUGCCAAUGGCACGGUUCCAAAGAGUGGCCCUCAUACUGCGCCCUUCGAAGUCGCAGCGGGAAGCAAGCCCGCUUUCGAGAAGGCACUUAUGGUGGCGAAGGGUCUCGCUGGUGUUGCUGUGGAUGUUUUGACGGUCGAUGGACUGUUGGAUGAGAUUAAGGACGAGUUCAAGAAGACAAAGUCCUCUGCUCGACGAAGGAGAUAA